AUAACCAAAUUAGGUAGGUACCUGCCGACAGCGAGGCGAGAAGAAAUUGCGCCAAAAUUUCUCUCAUUUGUUUGUUUAUUCUUGCUGGCAAAGGCUGUUUAAUUCAUGUAAUUGUAAAAAACACGUAUUUAGGUGGUUGCUCAAUCUUCAUAAUGUCCAAUGUAAAGACAAUCACUAAUGCAGCUCGCAUAGUAUCUUCGAAGCCGAAGACUAGACCUUUUAGAGUUUCAAUUGAAGGUAAUAUUGGGUCAGGAAAGUCUACGUGUAUCAACUUUUUCGACAAAUUCCACAACGUGGAAAAACACACGGAACCCCUACACGAAUGGCGGAAUGUAAACGGGCAUAAUCUUCUUGGAAAUCUGUAUACAGAUUUACACAAAUGGACAUUUUCUUUUCAACACUAUGUACAUUUAACCAGGCUCAAAAUACAGACCAGUCCACCUUCAAACCCUAAUAUUACUGUCAAAAUGUUUGAAAGAUCAGUGCAAAACAGCAGGUUCUGUUUUGUUGAGAAUGCAAAAACUCAUAAAUUUCUCCAUGAAGCGGAGUAUGAAGUCUUGACAUCCUGGUAUGAAUAUGUUGAGAAGAAUCUGGAUAUUGGACUAGACCUUAUAGUAUAUUUGAAAACAUCUCCACAAGUGGUUUGGGAGAGAAUGAUGAAACGAGGCAGAGCCGAGGAGUCAGAGGUGCCGCUAGAGUAUUUACAGCAGGUACAUGACGCUUACGAGAACUGGCUAAAUUCCCCCGAUGUGGGCUGCGAAAUCCUAACCAUAGACGCAGAUAGAAGUCUUGACAUAGUCAAGGAGGAUUUACAAAGAUAUACGUACAAGAUCUUAGGAGGGAACCAUACUAAUUGAUAACUUAAUUGCAAAACUGUUGAAUAAUAUAGAUAUUAUCAUUAAAAGUAAGAUUCAAACUACAGAUAAUUAUAAAAAUCUAUGUAAAGCCUGAUUAGUUUUAAGUUAGUUGCCAAAAAUUUAAAAUGCCUUAUCCAUGAAUGUAUGAUAAUUGUAAAACUUAGCUGUAUCAAAACAGAUUAUUAUGCAAGUUCUUUUAAUUUAUAUACAAGAUUCUUAUUAUCUAUAAAGCAUUAAUUCUGAUAAAGUACUACAUACUAAAACAUGCAAAAUUAUGACUGAUUUAAAAAAAAUAAAUCUAUGGACUAACUCGAUAAGAGUAAAUUGAAUUAUUUUAAAUAUAUUUUGUAAUAAAAUCCAAUGAACUGAGAAUAUGUUUUAUUUAUCACAAAAACAAAUUUAUUACUAGUUUUAAGCCCUAUUUUGUUCACAAUUAACCACUACCAAUGUAAAUUAAUUGAAAUAAAAUGUCUAAAAUUUAACCUUUUAACCGCGCGAGUCGCAUAUAUGCGACAAAUAUUGCCGUGCCCCUACCGCCCGUGUCGUAUUUCUGCGACAGAGAAUAUCCAUGAUUUUUUCGUUCUAUUAUCGUCCUAUUAACUUCGUGGUAUAACUAAAACUAUUAUUGAAUAGAGCUAUUUAUUACAACAAUUACUUAAAAUUAUGUUUCAUAGCUCUAAGCAUUGAAAAAACUUAAACAAAAAUAAGUAAUUGGCAGCUCGGACUUUUCUUCGGUGUCUAUCGCGCGUGUCGCAUAAAUAUGACCAUAGGGAUGGGAUACAAUGCAA